AUGCUGAACGUCAUUAUUGUUGGCGCUGGGAUCGCGGGGCUUUCUGCAGCAAUUUCCCUUCGUCGCGCUGGCCAUUGCGUCCACUUAUACGAAAAGUCUUCGAUGAACAACGAAAUUGGCGCCGCCAUCAACGUACCACCCAAUGCCUCAAGAUUUCUAACAGCUUGGGGUUUGGAACCUGUUCGGUGGCAAUGGGUCAAGUCAAGACGUGUGCAUUUGAUGGAUCCUUUUACACUGGAGUCGACGGCUGAAGUGUCUGACGAGAAAACGGCAACGUCUGUCGGUGGUGUUCCCCUGUGGCUGUCUCAUAGGGUCGACUUACACAACGCUCUAAAAUGGAUGGCUACCAGAUCAGAUGGUCCCGGUGCGCCGGCCACCAUACAUCUGAACUCUCCAGUAAUAGGAUAUAACCCUUCCAAACCUUCCAUUAUACUUUCAGGUGGGCAAGAAGUAUGCGGAGAUUUGGUUAUUGGUGCCGACGGGGUUCAUUCUCUCGCACCCGAGGCUAUCUUGGGUCGAAAGAACGAGCCUGUGGCUCCAGCACACUCGAAUUAUUGCUACCGAUUUCUCAUCCCAGUUGAGCGACUGGAGGCGGAUCCUGAUACCAACUUCUUUGUCGAAGGCCGUGAUGGAUGGACGCGGAUUUUCCCAGACAACAGUAAGCAACGUAGGCUGGUGGUAUACCCCUGCCGCAACAAUACCAUCCUCAAUUUCGUUGGCAUCGUUUACGAGCAAGAGAACAAGUCGGAAAAAAGGGAAAAUUGGCAUGCUACUGUUGACAUGGCGCAUGUGUUGGACAAAUUUGCUGGGUUUGACCCAAAACUUUUAAAGGUCAUCAGCAAAGCAACAGAUGCGAAACGAUGGCCACUGCUGUACCGGCACCCUUUACCGACAUGGAAUAGCGGCCGGAUGACACUGGCUGGCGACGCUGCACAUCCUAUGCUGCCCCACCAAGGCCAAGGUGGUGCCCAGGCACUGGAGGACGGCCUGGCUCUGGGAAUAAUCCUUUGCGGAGCUAGUACGCCAUUAGAGAUCGAACGGCGACUGGAGAUCUAUUACAAUCUUCGACACAGGAGAACGAGCGUGAUCCAGAUUCUCAGCAACGCGGGCUCAGAUCAAACGGGCCUUGUAAGUGAUGAACUACGCCAAUACCUGACCGAGGAGGAAAUACCUAGGGACUUUUUGUCGAUAACGCGUCAUAACUUUGGCUACGACGUUGUGCGGGCGACAUUGGCCGCCAUGCGAGAGUAUGAUCCGUCGUUUAGGCUAAAACAGAACUUUUUUGACGGUCCGGUGAUUGGGGUGCCUGGGAAAUUAUAA